UCUUACCUUUCUGGGACUGGAUAUUGUUAAUUGCUGUUGUAUUACUAAUGAUUUCCAAUUAAUUCUGUUUUUAUGCUAAAACAUUACUUAUUAUUAUGUUCUUAGACAUGGUUGAAUUUGAACCAAAUAAAGUUUUAACGACGAUGAAUAUGAGUCAUUCUUGGUGCUGCAAAUGCACCGUGUCUGUCCAGCUGCGUUACUUUUCUGUUUUAGCACCGAUCAACUCAUUGAGCUCUAAAUUGAGACUCGAGUUUUCUUUGAGUAGCCUUAUCUUCCAAUUCAUAUCAUGAUAUUUCAUUUUUUGAUCUUUUCUUAUUUAGUUAUGCUACUACAUGAUAAUCAUUUUCCGCCUCACGGGCACUUACUAAUAUAUGAUUGAGAUGCAAAUGCUCCACCUUUAGACGGUAAAUAGAAAUGUUUACCGGUUCAUAUGUAUUUUGAUGAUAGAGAAAAACAGCUUUGCUUUCACUCUCUCGUAUAUCACCAGAGAAUAAGACAAAAACUAAGCGUCUGUCUGUGUGCUUUAGAAGUAUACCAUUGCUCUGCUAAUUUGUAUUACACCUUAGGACAAAAAUUGUGAAUCUGUCUUACAUUUUGUUUGUUCAAUUUGUCUAGACAAGGUUAAAAUAAUUUGUGUGCAUCUGUUUAUGUCUCUACUCUCUAGUCAAAUUGGCCUAGACAUAUGGAAUUUAUAUGUGUGUGAUAAUGGCAUGAAUGCAACAUCUAGAAAUUCUAGUUCGAAUUUUCCUCUUUUAAAAGGUGAAUUUAGAUCUAAGUUGCUGACUGAGGAUGUACAGUAGAAUACAACAGUGUUGAAAGAUCAAAUCAGUUUAAUCAACACAAGCAUCAAUGAAUAUAUCCUGGUGGACCAAUUAUAUAGCAAUUAUGUAAUCUGUUUAAUUAAACUUUUACACCUCUUUUGUGAUUUUUCGCUCGAUCUUUACUUAACAUCCUCGAGUCCCACAUUUUGGAAAGUUCUUUACCGUAUGCACAUACCUAAUUGGAGAAUGGAAGGAAGCUAUCACACAACACUCUCUGGCUAUGCACUUGGGCUCACUAGCACAGGAGAGGUGUGCACUCAGUUCUGAUCGAACUGAAAUUUCUCUUUUCCAAAACCGAACUGAACAAUUUUUUUAGGAAGUUUAAUUUUCAAAUCAAAUCGAAUGAACCGCUUGUCUCAGUUACUUUGGUUUGAUUUAUAUUAAUUCUUAACUGUUUUUUAAUGUUCAAGCUGAACUGAUCCGGAAAAUUAAAUUUGUCUUAUAUAAAAUUGAACCGAAUGUGUCGGUUCGGUUUUUGCACACCCCUAGACGUGGAUAAACAAGACCAUCGGUGUAACAUGUGGCUUUUCUACAGGUUAAAACUUCACAUAUUUUUUGCUUGCCUAGCUGCUACUUGGUUUCAAGAGUAAUCUAUGUUGCAUCAAAAUAGAAAUGUCGAAACGAAACACGGAAAAAGGGAGGCUUAUUUGGUAUUGCAUACACAAUAAAAAUUACAAUUUUUUAAUAGGUUAAUAAAAAUUCACAUUGUAAAUAUUUUUUUAAGUUUUAUAGAACUAAUCAUGUUUAUGCCGAUGAAUUGCUAAAUGAAUUCCGUAGGAGAAAUGAACUAAAGAAAGAUUUAAUGAUCAUGAACAUGAGUCAUUCUUGGUGCUGCAAAUGCACCUCAUCUGCCUCUUGUCAGCUGCAUUACGUUUCUGUUUAGUAUGGACAAUCAAUCGAUUUCUAAAUUGAUACUCCGAGAAGUCCUUGAGUAGGAUGUUUUUCCAGUUCAUAUAAUAAUAUUUCAUUCUUGGAUCUUUUUAGCUACUCUACUACAUGAUUCUUAGAUGCAAUAACCAUUUUAUGUCUCACAUUCACUUACUAUUAUAUGAUUUAGAUGCAAAUGCUCAAAAGUUAGAGGUUAAGACGGUUCUCUUAGUUCAUAAGGAAAUUAGACAGAAACUAGCACUAUAGUAUCUGUCUAUGCUCAGAAGUGUACUAUUCCUCUGCUAAUUUGUAUUACAUCUUUAGGGCAGAAAAAAUAUGAAUCUGCCAUGCAUUUUGUUUGUUCAAUUUGUCUAGGACAGGGUUAUAAUUUGUUUAUAUCUGCAAUUUAUCUGUGUAGAAAUGGUAUGAAUGCAACAUCUAGAAAUUCUAGUUCAAUUUUUCCCCUCUUAAAAGGUGAAAUUAGAUCUAAUUGCUGACUGAGGAUGUACAGUAGAAUAGAGCAGUGUUGAAAGUUCAAAUCACUCUAAUCAACACAACUAUCAAUGAGUAGAUCCUGGUGGACCAAUUAUAUAGCAAUUAUAUAUUCUGUUAAAUUAAACUUUUAAACUUUCCUUUUUACACCUCUUUUAUGAUGUUUAUCUCAAUCUUUACUUAACAUCUGUGAGUCCCUCAUUUUGGAAAGUUCUUUACCAUAUGCACAUACCCAAUUGGAGAAUGGAAGAAAGCUAUCACAGAACACUAUUUGGCUGUGUACUUAGGUUUACUAGCUGUGGAUAGGGGUAUGCAUUAUGUUCAAACCGAACCGGCCGAACCAAAGUUUCCUACUUUUCCAAAACCAAGCUGAACACUUUUUCGAGGAAGUGUAAUUUUCAAAUCAAACUGAAUGAACCGGUCGACUUGGUUAUUUUGGUUCAAUUUUUAUUAAUUCUUAACUAGGUUUUUUCAUGUCCAAACUUAAUCAAACUGGAAAAGCAAUUUUUUUUUCUAAUAUUAAACUGAACCGAAUAUUCGGGUCGGUUUUUGAUUAUGGUUGUUCUUUUGCACACCUCUAGAUGUGGAUAAACAAGAUAAUGUGUAACAUGUGGCUUGUUCUAUAGGUUAAAACGUCACUUAUUAUUUGCUUGCCUAGCUGCUACCAGGUCUUCUUCAACAGUAAUCUAUGUUGCAUCAAAAUAGAAAUGUCGAAACGGAAAACGUUAAAAUGAUAUUUUAAAAAGAAUUAGGUCAUAAAUGUAAAAUUUUAAAGUUUCAUAAGUAUUUUUAACUAUGGUUAACGAAAUGCUGAAGCGUAAAACUUCGAUAAGUUUUCGUGCAAUAUGUACUCAGUUAAAUGAAAUUGGUGGAUAGUGUGUCAUGGAAUGGAAUUAAUUAUUUUUUUAUUUGUUUUUUAAUGGAAUUUGAUCUGGGUUUUAAACUCAGAAUCUUAUAGUCUUGAAUGCAACAGUUGGCUGAAACUGUACUGUUAGUGAAUCAAAUUCACCAUUGAAUGUGGCAAUGUGCGUAUCUGCAGAAAGGCAAUAUUAAGGACCACCAAGUAAGAGCCUUUAAUUUUGAUCAUACCAUAUGAUAUGAAUGAACGGUCAAGAUUAGAUCAUGGUGAAGUGUUUCCCACCUACCAACCCGUAAGAGGUAUGGAACUAGGGAUGAGCAAAAUCACCUACCGAUCGAUUUAACCGACCGAACAAAUGAAUUUCGAUCUGUUUGGUUUGGUAAUAAAUAUGGAGGCAAGAAUUUGUUGUCUUGUGUUAGCACUACAUAUAGCAGCUUUGAGUUUGAUUUUUCCAGUUGGUAAUAGCAGACCUUUUUCAUCUAAUCAUGGUGUUUAUGUCAAUCAAGAACCAGGUCAGAGUCCACAGUCUUUAGGAUCAAAACAUGGCUUUCAGAUGGAAUCAAAACAAGGUGUAAAUGAAGAAGAAUAUUCAAAAGGGCUGAGCAAAAUAGGGUCAAGCCCACCAAGCUGUGAGCACAAAUGCUAUGGUUGCAAUCCAUGUGAAGCAAUUCAAGUGCCUACAAUUAGCAAAACCCAUAACCAUUUUGGUGUUAAUUAUGCUAAUUAUGAGCCUGAAGGCUGGAAAUGUAAAUGUGGUCCUAUAUUCUAUAGUCCAUAAUUCCAUCAUCAUGUAUUUUCUUUGUGUUGUACAAUUUUUUCAUAUUGUGAUAAUUAUUUUACUAUU